CUGCUUACACUCCCCGGUCUCGCGGUCCUGGGUAUUUGUUUGCAAUGGCUGAGGAAAGGACCGACGGACUGUUACGAGUUUCGCACAUUUUGCGUCCAGGCUCUCGUGCCGCCAGGCUUGUGUCGACGUCGCUGGUCGCGCUGUGACCGCCCUGAGACCAGGAGUCAGCCGAUAGUCCAGAACGAUGGAUAGUUUAGUGCAUGCGUCCCGAAAACCGGAGUCGAGCAACAGUGGGUUGGAUUCAUGUGUUCAGAGUCUCAACGGUUUGCCCGAUCGGCGAGGGGGUCACGGGGACAGGAAGGGCGGCCAUGCGGGGCACCACGGCCACUGGCGCGCCUACAAGCUGCUGGUCGACCCGGCCCUCCAGAAGGGGCACCAGCAGAAACUGGACAAGGUGUACCGCUACGAUGGAGUCGUGCAGGGGAAACCUGACCUGUACCCGCCCAUUCACGUACGAGACCCUCGCCGCCUGUCGCGACUAUGGCGUAGAAACGAGCCGGCUGACUUACCGGUUCCCAAGUUCAAGGUGGACGACUUCUACGUGGGGUCCCCACCGCGCCGCCAGAUCACGUUCUCCAACCUGAACGACAACAUCAACUCUGGGUUCCUCCAGGAGAUGUGUAAGAAGUUUGGCACCAUCGAGGAGAUGAAGAUCUACCACCACCCCAAAACCAGGAAGCACCUGGGGCUCGCUAAGGUCGUGUUCGCCACGACAACCGCAGCGAAGGACGCGUCCAACAAGCUCCACCGCACCUCCGUCAUGGGGAACAUCAUCAGUGUGCAGAUAGACUCAAAGGGGAAGAUCCGUGAGCAGCUGUACGACAGUAUCGUGCACAACAAGCCGAGCCAGGAAGCGCCGCAGGUCAGCAAGGCCGACCCGCGCCGCUUGUCGCUGGACGAGCGCCCGCACGCAUUCAUGCCUCCGCAGCGAAACCUUCCCAUCAUACCUGAGGCCCACCACAGACCUGAAGCCCCCCUCCCUCCUGCACCCCUACCUCCCGCACGGCAUGACGUGGUACCUCCCGUGUACCCACCCGUCCCUCCUGAGGUGCACCCUGCAGGUGUUCCCCCAGGUGUGCCGCCAGGUGUUCCGCCAGGUGUUCCCCCAGGUGCUGCAGGUGUGCCGCCAGGUGUGUACCAGCAGCCCCCGAGGCCAGACGGACACAAGGGGUACUACAGCGACCCCCGGCGGAGACUGUCCUCCGAGGGCGGCGCGUUCGCUCCUUACGACAACGUCUCCGCCCACAACUCGUUCCCGCGCCCGCCCGCGGGGAUGGACGACCAGGGCUACUACAGCAACACGCCCUCCAGCUACUCUGGGCAGGGCUACCACGGCAACAGUUACCAUAGCAACACGCCCAGCCUGUCGGAGAGCACGCCCAGCUACGUCCCCACCCCGUCCAGUUUCCACAGCAGUGGACAGACUCCGCAGAGCUAUCCGGGCGGCGUACAGCCGCCAAAUUUCGCAGUCCACACGCCGGGGAGCUACUACUCAGGUACGCCUGUUGGUUUCCAUGGCAACACGCCCCAAUACUCCGGCAACACCACCGCUCCAGUUACGGUGGUCGCUACCACCGCUAGCACCACGGUGAGCGUUGCCACGCCGACCCAACCGCCGGAGGACCCUGCACAGAACGGCGGUGAGAAACCCGCGGAUAAGGGCAGCCUGAGUCUGGACUCGCGUAUCGAGUUACUGUUGAAGCAGCAGAGAACGUUUCCCGCGCUCGGCGGCAUGUCGCCCAGCUACAGCGAGGAGGAGAAGGGUGAAAGGUCGCCCACGCCGCCCCCCCUGGAGUCCUUCACGCCCCCUCACGACGCCUCCCCCCGCCCCCCUCCCCAGAACUCCACCCCCUCCUCACUACAGCUUCUCAAGACUGAUGACCUGCUGGAGGAAAUCUCGCCCGGCUCCUUGGCAGACAGUGAUGAGGACAAGAACAAGGGGAAGAGCGCUGGCAAGGAGGAGGAGGCUGUUACUAUGGUUACAGACAGGAAUGCUGAGGUUCCCACCCCAGUGAUGGAUGAAGAGAAGGGGGAAGGCGACAUGGACAUCUCUUCAGGAAACGACUCGGACGACGACGACAAGAUGAGUCUCUCCCCCCUCAGCAGCCCCGAACAGUCCAAACUGGUCGUCAACCCUCCCCCGACUCCAGUCUACCCCCCGAACGUACCCCCUCCGAACUUCCCGCCCCCCAACAUCCCUCCCCCCAUGCUCCCCAACCCCAGCGUCCCCCCUCCUAACAUCCCCCCUCCCAACAUUCCACCCCCCGGGAUGGAACCGUCCGCCCCCUCCAUCCCCCCGCCUGGCCUCCCCCCUCCCCCUCUCCCCCCUGUGUCCAGUCUCCCCAUGCCCCCCUCGUCCGUACCCCCCUACAGCAGUAACUUCACCAACCCCAUGUUACCCAACCAGCAGCAGCAGCACCUGGCCCGCAUGGGUCUGUGGCGACCCGGCAUGCACAACUACGGUAACCAUGGCAACCAGCAACCCAAGGGUCCCUUCCCCUUCCCGCCUCCGCUCUCAGCCAAUCAGGGCCCGCCACGCCAGCCGCAGAUGCGGGGACCGCGCCCGUUCGGCCAGGGCGCGACCUUCCGCCCGUGGCGCCCGAUGUUCGACCCCACGGUGCCGCCGCCCGGAUACGUGCCGCCCGUGGAGAAGGUGGACCCGCACAAGCAGACGAUCGACGGGGUGAUGGAGAGGAUCGUGUGGGAGCUGAAGGAGAUCAUGAGGAAGGACCUGAACAGGAAGAUGGUGGAGUCUUCCGCCUUCAAGGCCUUUGAGACAUGGUGGGACAGGGAGGAGGAGAAAACCAAGGUUCCCGUUAAGUCUGAAGAGAAGGACGAGGACAAGGUCGUGGAGCCAGAGGUCAAGGUCAAACCGAAGCCGAGCAAGUCGCUGUUUGAGCAGCCGGCGGCGCUGCCCAGUAUCUCCAACAUGGACAGCUUCAGCCCGUUCGGACCCUCAGGGCUAGGGGGCCUUGGUCUGGGCAUAAGGGCAGCCAUGCCUCGGAUGCCUUCCUUCAAGAUGAAGAGAAAACCCCCAGACUCCCCUGCAGCGGAGGAUGGACACCCCCGUAAGAGGUCCCGGUUGGCGUCUCCCUCCAUGGACGACGGGUCAGCAUCAGACUCAGACGCUGACAAAGAGGACAUGUUGAGCCAGGACUCAGACCUGUCGCGCCACGGGACGCCGCUGUUACGGCGGGCGCACAGCCUGGACAGCGAAGGGUCAGAGGUCAGGGUAGCGCCACGCCCGGAGGAGGAACAGAAGAGCAUCAUCGAAGAUGAUGAUGAUGAAGAUGGGGAUGAGGAAGAGGAGGAUGAGGAUUAUGAUGAGGACGAGGACCUCGCAGAAGCUGACGCCUCAGAUGAGGAGUUUCCUGAGGAUGAGCUGAUGGUGUCUGAUGAUGAGGAUGAGGCUGAUGAUGAGAGUGAGGGGAGUGAGAGCGGGGAGGACUCUGACUCUUAUCUCAGCUCCUCAGACGAGGAGGAGACACUGGCAGAUGUCACGGAGACGGAACGUGAGUUCAGCGAGGCGGAAGACUCGGAGCAGGUUCUGGACUCGGACGCGACUCUGUCGGUCUCCCACCAGCGUUCAGCAGAGCUGGGCCAGGACCAGGCGGGGCCCAGGGUUAUGGUGUCUCCUGGUCAGGAACAGGCUCAGAGCAUCCAGCCCCCUCCAACACUGGCUGCCAGGAAACAGGGCCUAGCAACCCCGGAACACGCCUACAGCAAACAGGCUACCUCGCCCUCCGUACUGUCACCACGGUUACCAUCGCCACAGUUACCGGGCGUGUUGAUCCCCGGCAGCGACAGUAGGACUCUCCCCGUAGAUGGAGCGACUGUCGCACACGGGGAGGACAUCAGGUCUAUGCUGGAUCCUCACCUCCAGCUCAGGCACCUGCACAGAAUCCCCGCGGUGCCUGCAGGACCGGAGGACAGGGUCGGAGCCUCGCCUGUCCGACCCACGCUGCAGCUUCCCGAGAGGAGCGCGUUCGGGUUCAUGACGGAAGCGACCGGCGCGGUGUUGCCGUCAUCGCCAUUCCCCAUGGAGGACCUCCCAAGAACGCCGGGCGGGAACAUCGACCUACCCAGAACUCCCGGGCGGGGGAUGACCCUACAACUCCCGACCGACCCGGCGGCCGUUCCCGGCUUCCUGGCGCCAACACGAGCGGGAGCGACAGCCAUCCCGUCGUCCCCGUGGCGUGGAAUCCCGCCAUCGCCCUCCACCAGCUUGCCCGUACCGUCCUUACCUCCACUCCUCGCCCAGUUCGCGGACAUCGUGACUCACGAGGCCAUGCAGAGAGACGUUGUCGCCAAGGACGACAGUUCCGAACCUCCCGCCGCUCCACCGGACGCCGCGACAACGCCUCCUCAACUUCUCGCUUCUCAGGGGAAAUUUUCCAUUGCCAGUUUACUCUCGCCCCAGCAGCCCGCCCGUACGGAGCCGUUACCGCCCGCCAGGCUGCAUCCCGGGCUGCCCAUCACCAGUGAGGAACACCUGCGCAUGCUGCAGGCCAACUGCCAGCUCCCCAGGUUCCAGUCCCCGCCAAGACCUGUACAGCCUCCCGUACAACACAUGUUGCCAAACCAGGACCAGCUGCUCUCCAGAGCGAACAAUCAGACGGCAAACGUCCUGGCAAACGAGCUCUUGUCCCCGUCGAAGCAGACCGUCGCAGACUUGCUCGCGGCGAGUAGAACUCUUGAGAGAGACGUCGACGUGGAAGGGAGCGAUUCGGAGAAGACUGAGACGUCUUCCGAGCCGGAAGUUUCCUUGGAGGAGUCUCAGGAGCGGACGCCGCGGCAGAGAGUCUGCCCCUACAUGCUGGAGCACAACUACGCAGCACCGCUUCCCGAACACAACUACGCGGCCAGGCAGCCUCCAUCGCCAGCCAAGCCGUCUCUCACACACAAACAAUCCAAAACACGCACAGAGGAGCCGCCUGUUGUAGCGGCUCCCCCUGUCUGUUUGCCCGUGAACAUCAAGACAGAACCUCUCCCCAUAGAGGACCUACCCAAAGACAAGGAAAACGAGGCGCCGAUCGAAGUUAGUAUUCCUUCGGUCGACUUGGUCACGACAGAGAAGGAAGAACCCAAACAGCAUCGGAAAACUGCAGAGAAGGAGAAGGAGCAGAUUCUCCGAGAGCAGAUCACCAACAAGAUCAAGGAGGAAGCCGUGAAACCCGAGCCGCUGAGGUUCAACCCCAGAGACAACCUCAUGGAGAUGGAGGUCCUGUACGAGUUCCUGAAGACUGGGAUCGACCUGGAGGAUGUGAAAUAUCUGCAGAGCAGCUACGACUCCCUGCUGCAGCAGGAUAACAGUGGGGUGGACUGGCUCAACGACACCCACUGGGUCUAUCAUCCUCCAACCAGAAUUCCCAACCCUCCCCGCAAGCGGCGGAAAGACGACCCGACCCUGGGGGACCACAAAACAGGCUGCGCCAGGAGCGAAGGGUUCUACAAGAUCUCCUUCAAGGAGAAGACGAAGUACCUGCACCGGGCGCGGCUCGCAAGUGUGGUGGAGAAGCCGGAGGAUGAUCUCAUGGAAUCUCAGAACAAAGCGAAGCAGGCGACGCAGUCCUCACGGGAGGCACGGUCCAACCAGAGACGGCUGCUGGCCAGCUUCGGGGCCUCGUGCGGAGACAUCAGCGACCUUCUCAGGUUCAACCAGCUCAAGUUCCGUAAGAAGCAACUGAGCUUCCGGAAGAGCCGUAUCCACGACUGGGGCCUGUUUGCGCUGGAGCCGAUCGCUGCGGAGGAGAUGGUGAUUGAGUACGUGGGGCAGUGCAUCCGACAGACCAUCGCGGACGAGCGGGAGCGGCGGUACGAGGAGCAGGGCAUCGGCAGUAGCUACCUGUUCCGCGUGGACCACGACAUGAUCAUCGACGCCACCAAGAACGGAAACCUGGCCAGAUUCAUCAACCACUGCUGUAAUCCGAACUGUUACGCCAAGAUCAUCACUGUGGAGGGCUACAAGAAGAUCGUGAUCUACUCCAGGCGAGACAUUGCCGUGAACGAGGAGAUCACCUACGACUACAAGUUCCCCAUCGAGGACGAGAAAAUCCCGUGCCUGUGCGGCGCAGAAAACUGUCGGGGAACGUUGAACUAGGAACAAACUAACGACUACAAGUUCACCAUUGAAGACGAGAAAAUUCCCUGCCUGUGCAGUGCCGAAAACUGAAAUAGGAACAAGCUUAAUUAAGAACUGGGAAGGCGUUCAGGACAUUCAAGCCACUGUUCCUCUUUCAGAGACUUUGCCCAGGGUUAGGUUGGUUGGCACACUGUCUCACUUCAUAACUUUGAUGGCCAAAAAUGUGGUGUUCUUCAGCAACAAAGCAAACUGCACAGCACUGCAGCCGUGUGUGGUCGCCAAGUUGUGCUGUUUUAUCGGUUGGUUGGAGCAUCACAGACACAGAACUCGAGAGCCAACAGAACUGGACGGUAGUAAAUUCCGUAGCGCGAGUUGGACGUGUUUUCCAGCGAUCUGUCCAGUCAGCUGAUUGGCUCAUUUCUGGUAACCAUGGUUACAGUACGGGUGGGCCGUCAGCAGCCAUCUUCUCUCCAAGACUGCAGAACGUGAAGAGAUGUGUUUGUAUGGGCACACAUUGAGAGAUACAGAUAUAUAAAUAUAUAUAUUUUCGCUGUUUGUGUUACAAAAAAGAGGACUAUUCAAUAACGAUUUUGUUUUGAGGAUGAAAAGAACUUUAUUCCUGUCAUGAGUUGAAUUUCCUGUGCAGAUGCUUGUAUGUGUCCCUGGUCAGUCCAGGCCUGGUAACCAUGUACGUGUGUGUUGACCUUUGUUGAACUUGUAAAUACUGUUAUCAUAGUUCAGACGUCAUAUUUCUAAGAUUUUCUCAAUUUUGAAUGUUUACAAGUAUUUUGAUACCCUUUUGAGCAGAAAGUCGGUUAAUGUGACCUUGGUGAUAUAUGACCUUAAGAUUUGACCUUUGCAAGUUAUGCCACCUUGGUCAUUGAAAAACAUCACCUUGAUGAGAUAUGACCUUGGCUUGACCUUGACAACAUUUGACCUUGUAAAUUUGACCUUGGUACAGCUCCAGCAUGUUCCUGUGAGUGAGAAGCAGCACCAGUGAAACACCACGUGUGCCUGAAAUGUUCUAUAUAAUUAUGUACAGACGACUGUCGGCUCAGUUUUUAUAUUUCUUUACCGAAUGUUGUUGUCCCGUAAAAAGACUGAAACCAGGCGUUGCAAAAUUGUCCGAUUUCCGAGCUUGGCUGCAGUAUUUGCGCCAUGCUUGUUCCUGAAGGAAGACCAUUUUCAGUACCAGCUGACGAGUCCCUGUGUUGUCGAACAAUAAUUGCUUGGGAUCUUGUGCUGUUGUGUGAAGUGUGAACAGAGUUCCUGGCCAGGCAGGUAUCAGGAACUGUCAGGCCACAUGUACAUAGUUUCCCUAUGCGGUGCCGAUAAGCACUGUAAUUAGGUAAGAAGUGAGGAUGCGGUCCUGACGCUAUUUUGUAUAGAAUGUGAUGUAUUAUAUGUUUCUGUACAGUAUUAAACCAAAUUUCCUAUCACAGAAAA